AUGGCAGAUUCCAAAGAUAAUGAAUUGACGUUUUAUAAUAACUUGAAAGGAUUAGAUGCUUAUGCACGUCAUAAAAAGUUUAUGAAAGAUUAUGUUUACUUUUAUGGAAAGGUUAAGCCAGAACCAACAUCAACAUCAUCAUCAACAAAUAUUUUUAAAACAGAGUUUGAUAUUUUAAAAGAAAAUCACAAAUUUAUUCGUGAUGAUGAAGAGGAGAAUGAAGAAAAAUUAUCAUGGGAACAAAGGAUCGCAAAAAAAUAUUAUGAUAAAUUAUUUAAAGAAUAUUGUAUAGUUGAAUUAAAGUAUUAUAAAGAGGGAAAGAUUGCUUUAAGAUGGAGAAUUGAAAAAGAAGUCAUAUCAGGAAAAGGACAAUUUAUUUGCGCAUCAACAAAAUGUUCGGAUACAAAUGAUUUGAAAUCAUGGGAAGUGAAUUUUGCCUAUAUGGAGGAUGGUGAAAAGAAAAAUGCCUUAGUGAAAAUUAGAUUAUGUCCAAAAUCAGCAGAAAAUUCUUCUUCAAGUAAAAAAACUAAACAUUCUAAAAAACAUAAGAAACAUAAAGGAGCAACAAUUAGCAAUAAUGAAGCAACAAUUAGUAAUAAUGAAGCAACAAUUAGCAAUAACGAAACAACAAUUAGCAAUAAUGAGGCAACAAUUAGUAAUAAUGAAGGAGGAGGAGAAAAAAAUGACGAUAAUAAUGAAACUAGAAGUGAACAAACUUCUUCUUUGGAAAGUGGCAAAGAUGAUGCGAUAGUUAAACAAGAAUCAAGAAAAGAAGAUUUUGAAGAUUUUUAUACAAGAAUAUUUGCAGGAUUAUUUGAAUGA